GGUCUCAGCUCGAGGCGACAGCAGUCGACGACGAAGCGACCACAGCUUUGUUCACUCUUGCCUCAAAGAGCCAGCAGACGAUCAUCGGGAUCAACCCACCUGCUCCUGGCCUGCAUGGCCCUCCGGCGCGAGCUCAAGCGGGCAACUUGCGCCGUCACACGACAGGCUCUUUCCCCACAUUCCUCGAGACGAUAUGCUGCCCUUGCGAGCUUCCCCAACGAGCCCACCGCACCCUCUGUCAUCACGAGCACCGUGCCAGGCCCAGUCUCGAUCGAAGCCAGCGAGAGCAUCGGUAGCUUUCAAGAGAAUCGCUCCCAUGUCCUCGUGGGCGAUUAUUCAAAGUCGAUCGGCAACUAUCUCGUCGACGUAGACGGCAACGUCCUCCUCGAUGUCUAUGCGCAAAUCGCAAGCAAUGCGAUUGGCUACAAUCAUCCAGCGCUCAUCGAUCUCGCGCGCUCAGACGAGUUCAUCACGGCUGCAAUGAACCGACCCGCCCUGGGCAACUUUCCACCCAAGAUCUGGAAAGACCUACACACGACAGGACUGCUCAAAGUCGCACCGGAAGGUCUCAGCAAUCUCUUCACAAUGAUGUGCGGCUCCUGCGCCAAUGAGGGUGCAAUGAAAGCGGCCUUUAUAGCCUACCGUGCACGCGAGCGCAAGGACGCGCUAGCCUUCACCAGCGAAGACUUAUCAUCUUGCAUGAAGAAUGCAGCGCCCGGCUCACCCGAUCUGAGCGUCAUGUCCUUUACCUCUGCUUUCCACGGCCGCUUGUUUGGCUCCCUGAGUCUGACUCGCAGCAAGCCCAUUCACAAGCUCGACAUACCUGCUUUCGACUGGCCAGCCGCUACCUUUCCCAAGAAUCAGUACCCGCUCGACGAGCAUGGAGAGGAGAAUGCCAAGGCAGAAGCAGCUUCACUGGCCGAGGUUGAGAGCAUCAUCACGACAAGAAAGCAAGAAGGCAGACCGGUGGCAGCACUCAUCGUUGAGCCUAUCCAGAGCGAAGGGGGCGAUCAUCACGCCACGCCGGACUUCUUCAGAAAACUGCAGACCGUGCUCAAGAAGCACGGCGUCUUCUUCAUCGUCGAUGAGGUCCAGACUGGCUUCGGCGCGACCGGCAAGUUCUGGGCGUACGAGCACUGGGACCUGCCCAGCCCGCCAGACUUCCUCUGCUUUUCCAAGAAAGCACAAGCAGCGGGCUUCUUCCACAGCAUCGAUACUCGAGCAGCUGCUCCCUAUCGCAACUUUAAUACGUGGAUGGGCGAUCCUAUCCGAUCCAUGCAAGCCAGAACACUCAUCAACGUCAUCCAAGAGAACGAUCUCGUCAGCAAGACAGCACAAGUCGGUCAGAUCCUGUACGAUGGCCUGAACGGCCUCUCGCAAAUAUCCGCAGGCAAGGGCAAGAUCAACUCGCUAAGGGGCAAAGGUGCAGGCACUUUUAUUGCAUUCGAUGCAGCCUCGCCUGCCCAACGAGACGGAAUCAUAAAAGGUCUGAAGCAACGGGGCGUCAAUGCGGGAGGAUGCGGCGAGAUGGCGGUCAGGUUACGGCCCAUGCUCGUCUUUGAUAGAACACACGCAGACAUCUUUCUGGGCACGCUCGAGGACACCCUCAAAUCAUUGUAAAUUGCAUGAGCAUGAUGACAACAUGAUGACAGUUCUGCGGUACUGCUGUAGGGUCCUUUGAGUGCUCAUUCGAAGAGCUUGUGGAUGUCUUCCUGCGUCUCGAGCAGGCCAGACGUUGUUGCGAUGAGACCCUUGAGACGUUCGAGAUCCUCGCCUUCGUACGACAUCAACGGGCUCACUUCGAUCUCCUUGUCGCCCAGCUUUGCACCGGC